UUGCGGAAGCGCGGCCGCGGUGUUUGUGUUCCAGCUGAAGAGAAAAACAUCAACGUGUCGGCGGUGAUGGCCGGGACGUCGAGACACGACCGAGAGAUGGCGAUGAAGGCCAAGCGUCAGCUGUCGGAGUGCUGUGACCUGGUGGAGCGACUCCGACUGCAGUGUCUGACCAGAGGCUCGUCUGGUAUCAAAGGUCUGGGCAGAACCUUCAAAAUAAUGGACGAUAACAACAACCGCUCGCUGGACCUGAAAGAGUUCCUGAAGGGUUUGAAUGACUACGGGAUCCUGAUCGAGAAACAAGAAGCCACGGAUCUCUUUCAGCUCUUUGACCGGGACCGGAACGGGACCAUCGACUUUGACGAGUUCCUCAUAACUCUGAGGCCGCAGAUGUCUAAAGCCAGAAAGGAGGUGGUCAUGGAGGCAUUUCGGAAGCUGGAUAAGACGGGUGACGGGGUGAUCACCAUCGAAGACCUGCGAGGCGUUUAUAACGCCAAGUACCACCCCAAGUAUCAGAACGGGGAGUGGACAGAGGAUCAGGUCUUCAGGAAAUUCCUGGACAGCUUUGACUCUCCGUAUGACAAAGAUGGAAAGGUGACCAAAGAAGAGUUUGUCAACUAUUACUGUGGAGUCAGCGCCUCCAUUGACAGCGAUGUCUACUUUAUUCUGAUGAUGAAAAACGCCUGGAAGCUCUGAAUCAAGUCAAAGGACAUGGACUCCAUUAACUGUGUUGAAGACGCACCACGGGCCUAAUAAUUAAUAAUUAAUAAUUAAUCAUGAUGUUGUGUUAAGUUGAUACGAUCUAGCUCUU